AUGCAGGACCUUGGCCGCCUCAACAAACGACUUAGUUCUGCUUCAGCAUCGCCUGCAGACCGCGUUGCUGAGCUUGAUGGGCAGAUCAAACUUGUGGUGGGCCUAAGAGAGGAGGUCGAGAAAGGUUUGAGCCAGCUGGAGGAGGCCAGCGAGUCGCUUGCGAAUGUGGCUGCAACAAGUGCCCAAGCAGCCCAAGCAGCGCAGUUUCGUGAAACUCAGCAGGAGAUGUUGAGGGAUUUCAAAAGAGUGGCGCAAAGCAUCGACCACCAGUACCAGCAUGCAAGGCUACUUCCACAUGCGAAAGCCAAGCCGGGUUCUCUAGAUCCAGAAGACGGCCUUCUUCGAGAACGUAUGGGCCUCAACUCAUCUUUGUCAAUGGCAGAUGAAAUCAUCGGCCAAGCAACUUCAACCAGAGAUAUGCUCAUGAACCAGCGGAGUGUGCUGAACAGCGUGCAUUCCAGAGUUGGAUCGUUGAGCUCAAUGUUUCCUGGCAUUAACACCCUGAUCGACAAGAUCUCUGAUCGGCAGAACAAGGAGCGCGUGGUGCUAUCCAUCACUGUUGCGUCUUGCUGCUUUUUCACGAUUUGGUACAAAUUUUUGUGA